CAAUGGGCACUGCAACUGCAACCUUAACCUUGUGUCAAUGGCCUCCUCCUCCUCCUUCUUCUUCUCUGCAUUUGCGUGCCAGGGUUUCGGUUUCAUGCAGAGCCCCUCAGCCUCAACCUCAGCUUUCAGCAUCCCCAGUUGAAAAAACCCUCAGCCAGAUUAAGAAUUCUGGUGUCAUAGCUUGCCUUAGGGCCAACAGUGCAGAAGUGGCCUGGGAAGCUGCAAAUGCUGCAAUAGCAGGUGGCAUUUCAGUUUUGGAGAUUGUGAUGUCAACCCCAGGGGUAUUUGAGGUUCUACAGCAGCUGGUGAAGGAGCAUCCUACAAUGGCUUUAGGAGUUGGAACUGUUCUCAGGAUUGAGGAUGCAAAAACUGCAAUUAAUGCUGGAGCCAAAUUUCUGAUGAGUCCUGCAAUUGUUAAGGACAUUAUGGAUUACAUUCAGAGUGGGGAAAUUUUAUAUAUUCCUGGCGCUAUGACUCCAACUGAAAUAUUGUCUGCAUGUGAUGCAGGUGCUAAACUGGUCAAGGUUUAUCCAGUUUCUGCACUAGGAGGAUUUCAGUACAUAUCAGCACUCAAGAAGCCCUUUCCUCAUGUCUCUAUGGUUGCUUCUCAGGGAAUAACAAUAGAUUCUAUUGGGGAAUAUAUUUUGCGAGGAGCAUCAUCAGUUGUUUUGUCAGAUGCGAUAUUCGAUAAAGAGGCAAUUGAACAAUAUAAUUAUAAUAAGAUAUGUAAACUUGCACAUUCUGCUGCAUUGCUGGGAAAAAAAGCUGUGAAUAGGUGACACUUUUGUACUUAUAUAUAUAUAUAUAGAUGUUGUAUUCUUAGAGUUGUAUCUUUGCCUUGAAUCACAUUUAUAGGUUAUUAUACCUUGAUCAUUCUAUGAAUUAUUAAUUGUCUAUUAGUAAAAGUG